AUGGCCCCUACCGCCUCGACACUGCCCGCCGCUGCGGCGCCGGUGCCUGUGCAGUCGACCACGUCCAAGACGCGCAAGGCGUCGCCGCUCGUCACCGACCAGGUCGUCAUCGACGGCCAGACCCUCAAGAUUGCCGGCCUUGUCGCUUCGGCGAGGUACGGCCACGUCCCCGUCCUCGACCAGGCGCCCGCGGUCCGAAAGCGCAUCGACGACUCGGUCAAGUCGUUGAUUAGCAAGCUAGACCGAGGCGAGUCGAUCUACGGCAUCAACACCGGCUUCGGCGGCUCCGCCGACUCGAGAACUGCCAACACAAAGGCGCUUCAGCUGGCGCUCCUCCAGAUGCAGCAGUGCGGCGUGCUCCCCGUCCCCUCGACCUUUCCCACUGGCGAGCCCAGCUCGGCCCCCUUUGCGCUUCCCCUCACCGACACCGAGACGUCCCUCGUCAUGCCCGAGGCCUGGGUGCGCGGUGCGAUCGUCGUGCGCCUAAGCUCCCUCAUGCGCGGACACAGCGGCGUGCGCUGGGAGGUCCUCGACAAGAUGCAGAAGCUCUUCCUCGAGAACAACGUGACCCCCGUCGUCCCCGUCCGCUCCAGCAUCUCGGCCAGCGGCGACCUGAGCCCGCUCAGUUACAUCGCCGGUGCGCUCGCCGGCCAGAAGGGGAUCUGGUGCUUCGUCACCGGCCCCGAGGGCAACAGGAUCAAAGUGCCAAGUAGCGAGGCCUGCAGGAUGUACAACAUCGAGCCCGUGCUCUAUGAACCCAAGGAGGCCCUCGGCCUGCUCAACGGAACCGCCUUUUCCGCCUCGGUCGCCGGCCUGGUCACCUACGAGGCCGACAAGCUGUCGUUCCUCACCCAGCUCACCACGGCCAUGGCCGUCGAGGCCCUCAAGGGUACCGACGCCAGCUUUGUCCCCUUCAUCCACGAGGUCGCCCGUCCCCACCCGGGCCAGAUCAAGAGCUCGCGCCUCAUCCUCAGCCUCCUGCGCGGAUCCAAGCUGGCCCAGCACAUCGAGGACGAGAAGCACGUCCUCAUCUCCGAGGACAACGGCACGCUGCGCCAGGACCGAUACACGCUGCGCACUGCCUCGCAGUGGGUCGGACCCGGCCUCGAGGACAUCGAAGCGGCCAUCAAGAGCGUCGAAAUCGAGAUCAACAGCACCACCGAUAACCCCAUGAUCGACCCCUACGACGGCGAGGGCCGCAUCCACCACGGCGGCAACUUCCAGGCCAUGUCGAUGACCAACGCCGUCGAAAAGAUCCGCCUGGCCCUCUGCGCGAUGGGCAAGAUGACGUUCCAGCAGAUGACGGAGCUGGUCAACCCGGCAAUGAACCGCGGCCUCCCGGCCAACCUGGCCUCGACGCCCGACCUCUCGCUCAACUUCCACGCCAAGGGCAUCGACAUCGCGCUGGCCGCCGUCACGUCGGAGCUCAUGUGGCUCGGCAACCCGGUCUCGACGCACGUCCAGAGCGCCGAGAUGGCCAACCAGGCCAUCAACUCCCUCGCCCUCCUCAGCGGCCGCCAGACGCUGCAGGCCGUCGAGUGCCUCUCGAUGAUCCAGGCCUGGUCGCUCUACCUCCUCUGCCAGGCGCUCGACAUCCGCGCGCUGCAGGCCGAGGUGGCCCUGAUGCUGCCCGGCUACAUCAAGACUUCGCUGGCACGCUUCUUUGGCACCUGGAUGGACGAGUCGGUCCAGACCAGCAUCGCCGGCAAGGUCCUGCAGCAGCUCAGCAAGAGGCUCGACGAGACGUCGUCCAAGGACCUCCGCGACCGCCUCGUCGAGACCUACCAGGACGCCAGCUCGGUGCUCGUCGCCUACUUUUCGGAGCUGCCCAGCGGCGGUGGAGCCGACCCGCUGCGCAACAUUGUCAGCUGGCGCGCUGCCGGCGUGGCCGAGACCGAGAAGAUCUACCGCCAGGUGACGGAGAAGUUCCUCGAGGACCCCUACGCCUGCCACGCCUCAGGCCUGCUGGGCAAGACGAAGCGGGUCUACGAGUUUGUCCGCAAGACGCUCGGCGUGCCCAUGCACGGCAAGGAGAACCUGCACGAGUUCCAGGGCGAGUACGCCGAGUGGAACACCACUGGCGGCUACGUCUCGGUCAUCUACGCCGCCAUCCGCGACGGCGAGCUGUACGCGAUGCUCGGCGAGCUCGAAAAGGACCUGGCCAAGUAG